AUGGCGAUCUGCUACCGCCUCUUCAUCACCAUCACAAACAUCUUCUUCCCGCCGUUAGCCGUCAUCUUCCUGACAGGUUUCGGCAUGGACACGUUAAUAAACGCCCUCCUCUUCCUCGCCGCCAUCCUCCCCUCGCACAUCCACGCCUUCUACCUCAGCUGCACCUACUUCGCCCGCCGCCACCGCGUGCGCCGCGGCCGCGCCCCCGGCGGGCCCAAGCCCUUCAUCUACUCGGAAAACAUCCUCUACGGCGGCGCCCGCUGGGAUGAGGUCCAGGAGCUGCAGCGCCAGCAAUCCCCCUCCACUUCCUCUUCUUCCAACAAAAAGAAGAGCCGACACCAACAAUCACCGUACGUGACGCCUUCCGGAUUCGUCGUCGAUGAUAGGAGUGUGAGUAGUCGGAGGGAUCGGGGUGGUAGUGGUGGUGGUGGUGUCGGUGGUGCGCAAGGUGCUGCGGCAGGGGGCUACGCGGGGUUGAGGUACGGGUUGGGCGAUGCUGACGCGGCGGGGUGGAACGCGAGUAAUGGCGUUGUCGUGGGGUCCGGGUACGGCCAAGGGUAUGGGCCGACCGAGGCGUAUAGGGGAGGGGCGAGGAGGGCGAGGUCGGCGUAUUGA